GAAAUAUACUUUGCGAGCCCGAGCGAGUCAAUGAACUCGCGCGACUCAGCUGACUCGGAGUCCGCCAUCAAUCCGACACCCAACGAACUCCGUCGCUUCGAUCACUUCGUCCGCCAUGCGAGCUUCCGGUUGAAGGUCUCCUGUUUCCCGGGGCAUCGGGGGACGGAAUCGGAGGCGCGUUGCGAACCCUAGGUGAAGCAGAGCGCAUUGUAGAGUUUCGAUCGUCUUCCAGGUUGGUUUGCAAUUCGAACGUCGCUCAAUCUCGUUGCUGGGUCUCGUCCGUGCGUUCGGUUGAUUAGGCUCGCGACUUGCUCUGGAGCUGCUCCUGCCGCUGCUACCUGUUAAAGCUUUGCUUUUUUUUUUGGCUGAAAUCGCUGUGGAAACGAUGUGGAAGUGAGCUUGGCGGGUCGAGGGUUUAGUUUUUCUGCUGCUAGGCUUGGAGUUUGGCUGAAAGGUUGGAAUUUCUCUUGCUGUUCAUUGUUUUGGUUGCUGUAGUCACGAAAAGAUGUUAUCUUUUUUGGGGGUGUUUCGACUUCGCUCGUUGAUCGGCAGAUAACCGUGGAGUUCAAUGAGUAGUGGCAGGGAGAGGGCCCUCGGAGUUGGGGGCCAGCAUGUCUUGGAUUAUCUUAAGCGGAUGCAAGCGGAGAACCCAGCAUUCUUUUAUGCGGUCGAGGGCGAUGAUGACUACUCCGGCGGGAACAUAUUCUGGGCCGAUGCGACGGCCAGGAUGAACUAUACGCACUUUGGCGACGCCGUGACGUUUGACACUACGUACCGGACGAACCGGCACAGGGUGCCUUUUGCGUCGUUUACAGGAUUGAAUCAUCACGGGCAGCCGGUUUUGUUCGGCUGCGCGUUGAUUGUGAAUGAUUUGGAGUCCUCUUUCAUUUGGGUGCUUCAAACUUGGCUCCAUUCGAUGGCCGGACGGCAUCCUGUCUCUAUCACAACCGAUCCCGACGGAGUUAUCCAGGUAGCUGUUUCGCAAGUCCUUCCUGGUACCCGCCACCGUUUUUGUAAGUGGGGCAUAUUUAGAGACACUCAAGACAAGCUGGCAGACCUUUACCAAUCACAUCCCACUUUUGAAUUUGAAUUCAAAAGAUGCAUAAACGAGGCUGAGACAAUUGAUGAGUUUGAAGCAUCCUGGGAGUCACUGCUGCAAAGAUAUUACAUUACAGAUAAAGAAUGGCUUCAGUCAAUUUAUAGUGCUAGGGAGCAAUGGGUCCCGCUUUUCAUGAGAGAUACCUUUUUUGGAGAUUUAGGCUUGGCCGAGAGAAGUGAAGGUUUGAACACUUUUUUUGACGGUUAUGUCAAUGCAUCGACGACCAUACAGAUGCUAAUUAAGCAGUGUGAAAAAGCUGUAGCAAAUUGGCAUGAAAAGGAACUAAAAGCCGAUUAUGACACAACCAAUACUUCACCUGUUCUGAAGACACCGUCUCCUAUGGAGAAACAAGCCGCCAGGUUAUUUACGAGAAGAAUCUUUAUGAAAUUUCAGGAGGAAUUAGUCGAGACUCUUGCAAAUCCUGCAACCAAAAUUGAGGAUUCGGGAGCCGUCAGCACUUAUCGGGUGGCAAAAUAUGGGGAAGAGCGCAAAGCACACACUGUUAGUUUCAAUUCUUUCGAGAUGAAAGCCAAUUGCAGCUGCCAAAUGUUUGAAUAUACUGGAAUCAUUUGUAGACAUAUCCUGGCAGUUUUUAGAGCAGAAAAUGUUUUGACACUACCCUCUCAAUAUAUACUGAAAAGAUGGACUAGAAAUGCCAAGAUUGGUUCCAUGACCGAUGAGAAUGCUCCCGAACCAACUAAUCCUCGAGAAUCUCUAACAGUGCGGUAUAAUAAUUUACGCCAGGAAGCAAUUAAAUAUGUGGAGGACGGAGCAAAGUCCAUCUACAUUUAUAAUGUGGCAAUGGAUGCUUUACAAGAGGCUGCUAAGAAGGUUGCUGUUUUGAAAAAUAAAGGUCCUGGAGCUGCACUGGAUGGAAAUCUGGCAAAUGGUGGUAGUAAAGAGUUUCAUGCCUCUGGAGAAAAUCACAUGUUGACGUUUCAAUCCGUGGUAGUUAAUGUUAUGCAUUGAGUUGUCUGCAGAAGGUAUAUACUGGAAGGAAAAGGAUUUCUGGUUCAUCAUGCUAUGCUGAAUAUAGCAUGUUGCUCUUUUUUUGUCGUCGUCAAUGUCUUGCUUCUUAACAACAGCUGAUAACAGGAACAUUGUAGAUGUGGCCUGUUGGUUUCUGAUAUAUGUGUUCGGAGAAGUAGUUGGAAGAAAAAAGUUUAAACUGAAAAUCUGAGAUUGCAUAUUGUAGAUGUCUGAAACUAGUAUAAAUUUAUGCAGAAAAUAUUGGUCAUUGUUAUA